AUGCAGGACACCGCAGCACAGAUGAAUACCACUCUAUCUGUGUUACUGGAUCAGUUGAAAACUCCAACUACAACGCCGUUUAUAUCAACAACAACACCUCCACUGGAUAAAUGCCCGGACGGCCCCGAUAAGGAUAAGGUGACAACUGAUAUCAAGGUUUACACAGUCACUAAUGUCAGCAACGUUCAAUGCUCGCACGUGUUCAAUGCCGAUGAUGGAUUCAACGUCGUUUUCCAUGCAAAUGUGACUAUUGCAGGCACCGGUGCCGCGCUCAACAUCAUCAACGCUCAAACAGGAAAUAUUCUCAAAAGCAUUACAGCUACGUCCAGUGAAAAAGUCGAUACUAUGGUUUCAAACGCUCAAAUGGUCUUUUCCGCUAACUGGUUGUCUUGGAUUGAACUCCACAUUACCUACUACUCAAUUGAUAAAAGUAAUCCUUGCGAGGAGAAUCCUCUUAUUUGCAACAAUGGCACUUGUACCAUUAACCCAAACACCGGUGGUGUGCUGUGCAUCUGUCCUGCAUGUGACAGCGGAGACCACUGCGAAACAGAACAAAACCCAUGCGAUGCGGCCACAGCGAGAAGAAAAUGUCGUGUGAAUCAGAGUGAAGCACCAGGGACCUGCUUUGUAGACGAUUCCAUAACCGAAUACUGCGCCUUCAAAUGCAACUGUACAUAUCCACCUGGAGUGGGGAACCAGUGCGGAACAGGUGAGUUCCACGCUUAA